GUGCGACUGCCUUCAACUAUGAGUUCUGGAUCUGCUGCUCCUUGUGAUGCCACCAAUACUAACAACCAAUACCAGAAUUUUAUGGGAUUCAAUCAUUUUGGACCCAAGUUUCAAGGUGGACCUCGUCAAAGACUGCAGCCUGAGAAGUCUCAAAGGCCUGUUUCCUUGGAGGAAGAAGGCAAGUGGUCGGGUAGCAGUUCACUACAAAGAGUUGCUGAAGGGAGUCAGAUGUAUAGGAAUGCCUCACAACCUUCUCUUGAUGUAGAGAAAAAUGCUAAGAGCAUUUCUACUCCUUUGGUCCAUGAGCACAGUGGAGCUGGACAACUGCCAAACAAUUGUAAUAAUUCAUCAGCUCUCUCUUAUGGUGGAGAUCGGGUGGUAAAUGACCGUGAGAUUGGAAACUUGUCACAAAAUUCUCAAAGCAAUCCAAUAAAGGCGAUACAUGAAGCAGCGGAUUAUAGACGUUCUUCAUGGACGUUAAAUUCUGCUCCAAGUUCAACUGUUGAAUUGGGUAGUCCUCAAGUAAAUAAAGGAGGUUGGAGUUUGAAUGAUGCUGCUUUAGUACCUAACUCAGUAACCACAAGGGUUGAUGAAGAAACCAGUCCAUUUGUUCAAAAUAAUUAUUUAUUUCAACAACAGAAGAAUGCCAACUCUUUGGUUAAAUCCCCAGGGGGUGACGGCUUGGGGAGAAUGCUGCACCAGGUUAACGAAGGCAAUAAGGAGGAAAUUGCAAGACAUGAGACGAAGAAUUAUGAUCUGAUGGAUAAUUCUAAUGACAGCCGUCAGUCUAACUUAUCUCAGCACACUUCUGCUGGUUUCAUGGGACGUGGGAUGUCAGAUGCUAGUGAUUCACAAUCUCUGGCCCCAGGGAAACAAAAGUCAAUCACUGAGCGUGGCCAUAAAGUUUCUGGUACUCACAAGUUCCAGUAUCAUCCCAUGGGAAACCUGGAUGAGGAUAUCGAACCUUCCUAUGGUUUCAAGCAACCUACCCAUGUACAGCGAAUGUCCUCACAAAAUAACGACUUUGAGCUGUCAAAGUUUCUGGGUCAGGUUCCAAAGAAUUCUAUAGUAGUGGAAAAGGGGCAGUCUUCUGAUCUUCAAAUAGACGGUAAAAACCCUGAUGAGGGGCCAUCCCUUGAGAAUCAGUCUGGCUAUGGCAGAUCAGUUGAUACACACACAUCAAACAAGGCUUCUCCAUCAAGUCAAAACAUGCUGGAUCUUCUUCACAAGGUGGAUCAAUCGAGGGAUCAAGGUAUUGUGAGGCACUUUGAUUCUUCAAAUGGUAGUGGACCAUCUCAACUGCCUGAAGCAGAAAACUGGGAUGGGCUAGUUGGCCGCCUUCAAAAUACUCAAUCUUCUGUCUCUCCAGGUUUUGGAUUACAACUUGGUCCCCCAUCUCAACGCAUUCAUAAACCUGACCGUUUGUUGUCUUCUCAGAAUGCUCAACAUGCUUUUAACUCUUUGCAUUUUAGUCGUACUGCUGGAGAAAUUGGAGAGAAGGACCAUAAUAUGGCUUCAACACCCUCAGUUCAAUCUUUUCCUCUUUCUAAUGAACAAUCCCUGGUUGAAUUUGAAAAUAACAAAUCUGGAUCUCCGAGACAAUAUGGAACUGAAGCCUCUCUGUAUAAGAUACCUGCAAAUUUUUCUUCUGCUCUCAAUUCCAGUUUUCCCUAUCCAGGAAGUCAUUUUCAAAAUCAACAGAUAACUAGGACACAAGGACAGAGAUCUCAACCUAUUGAUUUGUCGUCAAAGAAUAAUGCUUCACAGUCUAUCCUAAAAGGGUCUGCGGAGGCCUUUUCACCUGAUGUAUCUGGCAGUGUUGCACAUGAUAAUUUGGCUUCAUUGGAGGGUAUGUCACAACGAACUGGCACUAAUGAUCCACGAGAAAGAGGGAAAGCUGCAAUGAUGUCAGCCAAUGAUCACGUGCCGGCUUCUCAGCCUUUUUCCAGGUCUGACAUUUUUCAACAUGGUGCUGCUGCACAACUGCUGCAUAAUAUGUGGGCCAAUGUUCCUACAAACAAAAAUACUUUGGGUGCUCCGUAUCACACGGUGUCAUCAAAUUUUUUUCAGUCUCCCCUGCCAAAUAUUGUGGAAUCAAGCACUUCCAUCCCACUGGCUCAAGGUGAUCAUGAUGUGAGAAAAGAAAGGAAUUUCCCAUCUGAGUUUGGUGCAAUUCCUACAAACUCCCGAUGUGUCAGUGGGGAAGAGGAAACGUUGAAAGAACGUUUUAAUCAACAACUUGGAAAAUCUGCCUCCAUCAACCAUCUGUCUGAUGAUUCUCCUGCAAAUUCUGCUUCAACACAAAAGGAUAUUGAAGCCUUUGGUCAAUCUUUGAAGCCAAAUAGUUUCUCUCAUCAAAAUUUCUCCUUGCUAAAUCAAAAGCGGGCCAUGAAGGAUGCGGAGACUGAUCCAAACAAUAGGGUCUCAAAGAAAAUAAAAGGACCAGAUAAUGGUCUGACUGUUCAUCAAGUAGCUUUGAACACAAGGCAGUCAAAUGAACAUGGUACUUUUCUUGUAGAUUCAUUAGGUUCUAGUACUACAGUUUCUUCUGGAGAUGGAGGGAUUCUAAGCUUUUCCAAGCCAGCUGACUUUUUGGAAAGUAACAUAUCUUCUCAACAUGGAAAUAUAGCUACAAAACUUGGUUUUGGUCCAGAUGUUUCACAAAGCAACUAUCUUAGUGAUACUAGAGUUGAGCAACCUCAUGUUAGUCCUCAGACGGCUCCAUCCUGGUUUAAUCAGUAUGGAACUUUUAAAAAUGGGCAAAUGCCACACACAGUCACCUCUUUCAGAACUGCAGAACCAUCUUUUCCUCUUUCAAAAUCUUCCGGUAAUUUUCAUGCACUUAGUCUGAUGGAGCACGGAACUACCGAUGCUGUUAAUACAUGUCAAGUUGGUCGCAUCUUUAAUUCUGCACCCACAUCAGUAGCAACUGGGCCCAAUAAGCAGAAGAAUGAUACUUCUAAACUUCACCCUUGGCACAAAGAAAUAUCACAGGGUUCACAGAACCUUCAGAUUCACAGCUUAGCAGCAGUAGAAUGGGCAAAAGCAGCAAAUUGUCUAACUGAAAAGGUUGAAGAUGAUGUUGAAUUCAUUGAAGAUGGACCACCUAUUCAUAGAUCAAAAAGAAGGCUGGUCAUGACAACACAGCUUAUGCAGCGGCUGUUUCGCCCUCCAUCCGCUGCAGUUUUCUCUGCUGAUGCCAGUUUAAAUUAUGAUAGUGUGGCUUACUCUGUCUCUAGAAUGGCACUAGGUGAUGCGUGCAGUGCAGUUUCUUGCUCAAUUAAUUCAAAUAUGGCUUGUAAUGGAAUAAACUUGCUUGCUGCUGAGGGCACGCCAUCAAGCAAGAAUGGCGAUAAGCAUUUUGCAGAAGUUAUUGAAGAAUUGAUGGGUAGAAUGAGGAAGCUAGAAAAUGAAUUCUUGAGCCUGGAUAAUUGUUCAUCAAUACUGAACUUGAAAGUCGAAUGUCAAGAUCUGGAGAAGUUUUCUAUCAUCAAUAGAUUUGCUAAGUUCCAUGGUCGGGGACAAACUGAUAAUAUGGAGACAACAUCGAUGAGCGAUGUUAUGGCAGGUACCCAGAAAACUGGCCCUCUGAGAUACGUUACUGCACUUCCAAUGCCUAGAAGUGUUCCUGAUGGAGUACAAUGUCUCUCACUAUAAUGAUUAAUUGAUUUAUUUUUUGUGGUUUCAUGGUCGACUGGCUUUCCACCUAUAGUUA